UUCUCAUUUUACUUUUACACGUUAUCAGCACGCUCAGAGUAAAUAGCCAAGAAAAACAACCCUAGUUUUCAAGUUUGUUUUUUUCUCCCGUCGAAAAAAAAAAGACUUGUUCUUCUUCAGUGCCGCCACCAAUUCUCAAAAAAAAAAAAAAAAAAAAAAAAAAAAUCCGGAUCGGCCUUCGUCUCCCUCUCAAGCUAGUUUUCCUCCACCGUGCCAUCCGGCCCACCCGCCUGCAGUCGCUGCCACCAAAACUCACCGGUCAGACCGGCCUCAGCUCUACCAUGCGCAGCCCCUCGCCUCCGCCUACAGCCCAGACCGGCCUCGUCCCUCUGCCAAGACUGUCGUCAAAGGACUCCCACCUGCAGCACCAGAUUUCGGCGAUCCGACCGGCCUUCGCGUUUAGAGAAGCCCAUUUCUGCCGGAAACUCACUGUUCCAUCGGAGGAGCCCAGCUUGCCUGCAUCACCGAUCGGCCUCGUCCCUCGUCCCAGAUCAGCCACCCCAUUUGCAAAAGGAAGAAGAGCAGGAGAAAAAAAAAGUGUCCCGGCCCAAAGAAAAGGUCCGGCCCAAAUUAAAAAAAAAAAAAAAAAACAGAGAGAAAAAAAUGGGCCUUGAGUGGUGACAUGUGGCCCAGCAGAAACAAAAAAAAAAAAAAAAAGCCCUGCGGCCCAGAGAAAAAAAACAAAAAACAGGCCAAGAAAAAGAAAGAAAAAAAGGCCCCGUGGCCCACUGCUGAAAAGAGAGAGGAAGCGGCCCAGUUUUUUUCAAGCCCAAAAACAUCGCUACGCACGCCUGCAUCAACACGCGCGUGUGCUAGGAUUGUUUUAUUUUUUCGAAUCCAAAUGGCUGAUCUCACUCGACCUGAAUUUGACAUUUUGGACUCAGAAGGACUUGAGUACCACCGUUGGGUUUCCGAUGUAGAAACUGCCUUUGUGGCAAAAGACUACACUGCCACCAUCAAAACUCCCACUGACCCCAAAGACGAUGGACCGUCUGACAAAGUGAAAGCAAAUGCCUUAAUGUUUCUGAGGCGACAUAUUGAUCCUAGCCUACGCUGGGAGCACCUUCAAUUGAAGACACCCAAAGAACUGUGGGAUGCCCUUAAGGGACGUUUUGGGAACAUUCAUGACACCUUGCUCCCAGAACUGACCGUUCCGUGGAAUGAAAUCCGCUUGCUUGACUACAAAAGGGUCAAUGACUUCAACAAGGAUAUGUUGCGCCUAAAGGCACGUCUAAAUUUCUAUGGAAAGGAACUCACAGAAGAUGAUAUGAUCCAAAAGACACUUUCUACUUUUCCUACUUCAGCGCUUAUACUAGCGAACCAGUAUAGGCUGGAGUAUGACAACAAAAGAAUCACAACCUUCAAUAAGCUAAUCAACCUACUGCAAGUGGCUGAGAGGCAUAAUGAGGUUCUCUUGAACAACAAUGUCAGGCCCACUGGGACAAAGAAGAUUCACGAGGCUAAUUAUGGCAAAGUGAAAGGUGGAAAGAACCCCAAUACAAAGGGGGUUGGACGUGUUUAUCCCUACCCACGUGGCAAUAAUGCACCACGUGGCAAGGGACGUGGGGGUCGUGAUAUGGGCCAUGGAGGCCCUCCCAAUGUAUGGCGCAGAGAUGGUGGUGCUGGCCCUAGUGGUCAUGGAAACAAGGUGUAAAGGGCACCUAAGAACCCUUCAGUCAAACAGGAUAGAGUUGGCAAUGAACCAUGCUAUAGGUGUGGAGUCAUUGGGCAUUGGUAUAAGAACUACCAAGCCAGCAACAUAGUUGCAGCCACUUACAAGUUACAAGAGGUAUAGGGAGUCUAAAGAACAAGAGGCUCACUAUAUGGAAGAAGGAGGCCAUGACCAAGACGUCAACCUCACAAUUGCAGACUUUAAUAGCAACAAGGAACUUGC